AUGGACCGCUUGGUGUACACACUACUGCUGGUGUCCGGCGCGUGGGCCCAAUGGGACAUGGCGGCCAGGUCGAGGUGCUGGACUUCCGGGAAUGGGCGGCCGGCACAGUGGUGGAACGAGGGGGAACGCGUUGAUCGAGGAAAGUACUGGUACACCUGCCGACGCGGUGAGCUGUAUCCGGAGGGCUGCUUCACCGAGGAUAACCAGAGGAUCAACCUAUGGGCUACUUACGUCCAGAACGGCUACGAAAUCACCUGUGCUCUUGACGACAAGAGCUACUUGGUGUUCAAGACAACGGCCUGUGUCGGGCCUGACGACCGUCGCUACAGGACCUACGACCAGUGGGUCGACCCAUCGCAAACCUACUACUGGCAGUGCAAGCCUGAUGGCCCGUAUCUCAAGGCUGAAGUGGUCGGCUGCCUAUCGCACGACAAGACCAGGAAGUUGGCCCUUGGCGAGAGCUACGAUUAUGGAGACUACAGAUACGAGUGCCAGCGCAAGUUCAAUGGCAGCGUGUCGAUGUGCAGUAUUGGAUGCGUGGAGCGGGGGCAAUUCUUCAAAGUUGGCGAGCAGUUCGUGGACGGCCAGUACGUCUACUACUGCAAGUCAAACAAGGGCCGUUGCCAGAAGGUGUGCGUUGGAUGCUUGUGGAGGGAGAAGAGGUUGUAUGAUGGUGAUCGCUACCGAGAGAACCGCACCGUCUUCCAGUGCGAGAUCCGCUCUGACUCAUUCGGCCGGAAAGCCGUCGGCUGCCACGUCCGCGACUCGGAUGGCACGAUGAUGGAUCGGGUGAUCGGCUGCAGAUGGUACAUUACCUCGAAGAACUCAAAGAUCGAGCAAACCUGCUUGGCCGAGGGGGAAAAUGGGGCGAGGAUCAAGACUGAGGCUUGCAUCUACGUCUACAAGGGCUACGACACGCUCCAGCUGACCCCUGGCAGCUACACGAUCUGGAAUCCGCCGAAUCAGGCGCAGCCCAUCGCUUUGACCUGCAAGACAACCGACGACGGGGCCGUCCUGGAGCAGUACACCGUGGACCAGGUGUACGCCCACAUCCAGGGAUUGCGCUAUGAUGCCCCCAGAGGG